CCCGCUGUGAGUGACGUGCCGGGGCGGGGCUGUCAGUGUGUAGUCCCCGGGCAGCAGCGCAGAGUCACCUGCAGCAGGUGCAGAGCGGGCAGCAUGCAGCACGGGCAGAGCAGGACCCUGCGGCUGGUGCACGGGCAGAGGCUGCAGGCUGUGUGUGUGCUGGGCACCAGCCUGACCGUGGACGUCAAUGGGGGUUCUCCGGCGGACUGUAAGUGGUUCAGCAUGAAGCACAGUCCUGACAUUGAGGCUGAAGUUCUCAGCGGUGAAGUGGACAAGCAGAAAGUGGUCAAUGGAGAGAAGCUGUGGCCGCUGUCCAGCAACACCCUGGUGGAACUUACCAUGACGGCGCCCAGCGCAGAGACCAACGAUGGGAAGAUAACCUUCGCAUACUACAAAAAGGGGUCAGACGCGCCUGUAGACAAAUCCAGACUCUACCUGACUGGCAUCGAGAUGUCCCUGGAUGUUGACGCCGACCGGGAUGGACUGGUAGAGAAGAACAACCCACAUAAGGCCACCUGGACGUGGGGUCCCAACGGUCAGGGCGCCGUCCUGUUGGUGAACUGUGACAAGGACAGCCUGUUCUCCCGUACAGCUGAUUUUGGAGACAGCAUUGUGCUCUCGAAGGCAGAUCUCCUGGACAUGUCUAGAAUGGUCCUCAGGAUCCAGGGACCAGAGAGACUUCCAACCGGUUAUCAGAUACUGCUCUACAUCUCCGCAACGGACUCCGCGAGCCUGGCAGUGUUUCAUUUCCACAAUAAGAUGUACUCUCCUGUCCUGGGGAGAGAGAAGCUGUACUACAAGGCCCGGUACACGGGAACCAGCGAGCUGGAAUUCUUUGUGGAAGGAUUGCGUUUCCCGGAUGAGGGAUUCAAUGGGCUGGUGACGGUCAGAGCCAGCCUGCUGCAAUCUCAGGUGGAGGGCAUUCCUGAGACCCCAAUAUUCACAGACACUGUGACAUUCCGCAUCGCUCCACUGAUCAUUACUCCCAACACCUUGGAGCCCAUGGAGGUCUAUGUCUGCAGUGUGAAGGACAAUUAUCUCUUCUUAAAGCAGAUCAGGAACCUGGUGAGCGAGGCCAACUACAAGAUCAAGAUCUGCUUUGAAUACGUAAAUCGGGAAGACAUCUGGAUGCAGGAUGAGAUGGAGUUUGGGUACAUCCACGCGCCUCACAAAAUCUUCCCUGUCGUGUUGGAUUCUCCUAGAGAUGGAGAACUGAAGGAUUUCCCCAUUCGGGAAUUGCUGGGACCAGAUUUUGGCUAUGUAACAAAAGUGGCAGCCUCCUCAGAGGUCACCAGCCUGGACUCCUUCGGGAAUGUGGAAGUGAGCCCUCCCGUGACUGUUGCCGGCAAGAAGUACCCACUGGGGCGGAUUCUGAUUGGGAGCAGUUUCCCUAUCACUUCUGGAAGGAGGAUGAUCAAAGUGAUUCGGGACUUCCUGUAUGCCCAGAGGGUACAGUCGCCCAUCGAGCUGUUCACUGAUUGGCUGUACGUGGGGCACGUGGAUGAAUUCAUGACCUUUGUGCCGGCGCCGGAUCAGAAGGGUUUCCGGCUUCUGUUGGCCAGCCCUGCUACCUGCCUCAGAAUCUUCCAUGAGAAGAAGCAGGAGGGUAACAAGGAUGUCACAAUGUUCCAGGGAUUCCAAAACAUACGAUGGACCAUUGGCAAGGUUCUCUCCACAGAUAUCAUAGUGAAGGAGAACAAUUAUGUGCAGCACUGCAUUGAUUGGAAUCGGGACAUCCUGAAGCAGGAACUUGGUCUGACGGAAGAUGACAUCAUCGAUAUACCUGCAUUGUUCAAACUGCGCCAAGACCAAGCCUUGGCUUUCUUCCCAAACAUGGUUAACAUGAUUGUUCUGGGAAAAGAACUGGGUGUUCCCAAACCCUAUGGACCUGUCAUCAAUGAGAUCUGCUGCCUGGAGGAUUAUGUCAUCUCCCAACUCAAGCCAUUGGGACUGAAAUGCACGUUCAUAGAUGACGUUGUGUCAUACCACAAGAAACUGGGCGAGGUGCACUGUGGCACCAACGUGCGCCGGAAGCCGUUCACUUUCAAGUGGUGGCAAAUGGAAGAGCCUUAGAUUCCACACAGCCUGGCAUUAAUCUUUCCUGGCGAUCUUUCUCUUCUGUUUAGGUUUCUGGAACGCCCUCUGUUAGGAUUGUACAAUAACACCCUUUUAAUACAGCAGAAAUCCUGAAACAUUCAUUUAAAAUUAGGAGAGACUUUUCUGAUUCGCUUCUUGUUCACCAAACCCAAGGAGACCACACUUUUCUCCCCUAAUGAUAUCAUGUGCUGCAGCCAGUCCUAAUAUGUGUGUUUUAUUGGCGUAUGCUCUGUACGCCUUCCUACACACAACUCACAGGCACUCUGUUUUUACCUAUUGCCCUCACAUAAUGAAUUUAAAGGGACACAUUUUCCUGUACAACGCCUUAGCGCUACGUUCCCCGAUUGCAUCCUCUGUAUGUGUGAUUUGGGAGAGUCUGAGAGGUUCUUGGAUGUUCGUUCUGUUGAAUGGACUCAUUGGGAAGCGACUGUACGUAAUUGUCUCUGACACAUAGUUUCCUUCUUACGACCGUUCACUAUAUUCACCCAAUCGCCUGUGUGGGUUAGCCGUGGUUAGCGGGCCCUGUGUAGGAGGGGGGCUCAACCAUGGACCACAUUGUAUUAGCGUACAUGGCCUAAGCUAGGUACAACACACAUUCUGCUUUGUUAUGGAUCAGGUUAGGGGUAAGGAUUUGAGAGAUUGCUCCACAAGAACCGCCUUCAAGUGGAUGAUGGAGGUGGACGGUAGAAGCAGUCCGCUGUAGUAUCUCCCACCACCACCAUAUGGGUGGGAUGUUAUGAGAAGAUCUGUGUAUUAUCCCUAGAAUUUGUGUUCUUCAGUUUUCUCCACUAGUCUUUGCUAAUUGAAACCUCUCACCUGUAAAAGGUUUCAGUUGUUUUUUUUGUUUUCUUUUUCCCACUAAUAACUUGUUAUUCCACAAAGUUCUUCUCUUUGUACUGACAUUUUGUACUUUCAUUGUUCCCCUCCUUGGGUUCAGUCACCUCUCAUGUACUAGAACGGAGCUCGUUGAUCUCUUGCAGCCAGCGUGGCGGUAUUACACUAGCCUAUGGUGCACUUGUUAGCGGUGUACAUGAAGAUUUCCUCUGUAACUAAUCACCGGCUUAUGCAGAGAUGGAAAGGCUGAUAUAUAAAUACCUGUCGGUGACCAGACCGUAAAAGUGACGGGUGCUGAGGUUUUGAAGUAGAAACCUCACAUUAUAUAUAUAUAUAUAUAUAUAUAUAUAUAUAUAUAUAUAUAUAUUGCAUCCUAUGUUAUAAUUCCGAGGGUUUUGUGAACCUUGCCUGUAUCACGGGACAAGCCAUCCAGCCCAUGUUACUACUAACACGUAAUAAAAUCUUUGGAAUGAA